UGAGAAAGGGAACCACAGUUUCUUCUUCCUCUUGUGAAAUAUAUAGUACAUGCUUGCUUGAGUUACAGAGACUCAUUUACAUCAGCAACAGCCAAGAUGGACCAUAUGCAGCAACCCAUGGGCUAUCCAGUCUUCUGGACAAACCAAGCUCAAAGACCACCAGUUUUGACCCAUGCAUCCAUGUACCCACCACCUCUACCACCUUUUCCAGACUUCAGGAAGAAGAGGCGCAAAGAUGGAACUUGCUUGUAUCUCUUCAUCGUUUUUCUUCUGGUUCUCCUGGCAUUGGUUGGAGUGGGUAUAGGUACUUAUAAAAUAAUGGAGCUGCAGAAGGAACUUGAUCGAGUCAAAGAGUCUGGUGAUGCUGCCUCAAUGCUGAGUCCUUCCACAGAGAAGUUAAUAGGGGGAACCCCGGAGAAAAAAUUAAGCAGACAAGCUGCCCAUGUAACAGCAAAAAAGUGUUCGAAUUUGCCUUUAGAUUGGGAAGACAGUAAAGGACGGGCUUUUACUAAUGGCAUUCAGUACAAGAACAGAGGAUUAGUGGUGAAUGAAACUGGACUACACUUCUUAUAUUCUUCCAUCUACUUUAGACAUACAGAAUGCCCUAAAGAUACUUUGGAACUGACACAUAUUGUCUACAAAAAAUCAUCCCGAUAUCCAGGUGUGAUGAAACUCAUGGAAAGUACAGAACAGCUCAUCUGCAAGUCGCAUUACACUUGGUCAAGACACAGUUACCUUGGCGCAGUAUUUAACCUCACUCGUGCUGAUGUCUUGUAUGUCAAUGUUUCUGACGUCGUACUAGUCAGUACUGAUGAAGAAAAAUCUUUUUUUGGCCUUUACAAACUAUGAAGAUCUAUCUGGUCUUACAAUAGACUCUAUGACAACAGUUUUUGAAGGUAACAUCCAGCUAACUCAUUCCCUGUAUAUGGGAAAUUGUUUAUACCACUUGAGGUAUGCAGUAGCAUUUCUCAAUCUGAUUAUCUUCCCUGUUGGCAGAUGACUUACAAGAUGUUUUUAGUUUCCAUGUUUUAAUGGAACAAAAGAUCGAAUUUUGUUGGAAAACAAAUUCAACUUUUUGAUUAACAGCACUUUACCUAUCAAAAAUGUAACUUUUGAAUUUGACUACAAAAAAUAUCCAAGAAAACCAGGAAAUAAGGAUAUAAAUAAAGUUUGGCUGAUGGACAGUUGAUCUGAAAUAUACCUUUGUGAUUAUUACAUAAAUUGCAUCUAUUUUAAAAAUUGCGCUCCAAUAUUGACUUUCAUUAUAUAUCUUCUCAAAUGCCAUAUAGCAGGGGUCUCCAUUAUAAACAAAGGGCCAGUUUAUUGUCCU